UAAAACAAGACAUAACAUCAGCCUUCGUUACGUGUGUCCUAUAAUCCUACCGUCCUCUGCAUGAGUGCCGAUCAUGAACCCUUCCCGCGAUCUUACAUAAGUGUAGAGCGGGAAGCGUAGCACCAGCCUUGCUUACCUAUAUUCCAUAGUCCUACCACACUUUCUACACAUGAUGACAGCGCUGCUACGCCCCCCAAAGAAGGUGGAUUCCGCGAGCACAGAUGGUAGGUGGUAAUCUACCUCUCUCUUCCAAACUUGGUAGUCAUCGCUGGUGACCCGACGGCACAGCCCUAUGAUGGUCUUACUCAGAUCGUUAAUUGCUUCUAAAUCCAAUAUCCCCCAAGUGCGGCUUUCCCUAUCCUUCUUAGUCCGCAGAUGAUAAAAGAGAGCUCUCUGCAGUAAACCCAUUUCCUUAUCCCAGUCCUGGCGCCAAGGUUAGGUAUCUAGAUAUCUAGAAAGCAAGUACAAUGUCAGCCAUCACGGAUCCGCUUCCGGCCUGGGCGUACGAGAGCAAGCAAGGUCCCGUCAUUGGUGCCGUAACCUUGUUCAGCGUGCUUGCUAUCGUUGCGGUAAUCCUUCGGUUCAAAUGCCGUUUAUUGGUACGAGCCGGUAUUGCUCUUGAUGAUUGGCUCAUACUGGCGGCUUUGCCGGUUGCCCUCGCAGAGGCUAUCUGUGUCGCAUACACGACGAAGGAUACCUUGGGAAGACAUAUCCUAGACUACAUCCGGUUCAGCGCAAGGUUCCUCAUAGUCAUGGUCAGCUGCUGGUUGAUCGGCUCAACAGUUGCUCACGGCCUUCAAUGCCAACCAGUCGCCAAAAUAUGGCAAGACUCGAUACCGGGGCAUUGCUUAGACACCGAAUCACUGUUUCUAAUUGGCUCGAUCGCUGACGUCGUUAUGGACUUCGUAAUUCUCGCCUUACCUCUACCAGCAAUCAUCGGACUGCAGAUGCCGCUAUCUAGGAAGCUUGAGCUAGUCGUUUUAUUCGCCCUUGGUGGCUUGAGGUGUGUGCUCAGCCUUGUCCGCUUCCUUGAAGCCAAAGACUCAAUCUACGAUCGGUCUGAUAUAACUUGUGAGUGACCCCUUACCCACGAAGCCAAGCUAGCAUAUUUAGAAGAGAGAAACCUAACAAUGAUCUUCUAAUGGGGAAAUCUUGGUUUCCAUUAAUCUGGGGUGUAGCUGAGCCGUGCUUGGGCACUUUGUGUGCUUGCCUUCCGCUACCACGUUUAUUCCUAGCAAAAACAAAAGUUCCAAGGGAGCGCAGCAUUUGUGGAAGACUAAACUUUCUCAUCAAGAUAGAGGUGCUGAGAUGCCCACUUCAUCUGAAGUAAAUUUGCAGGAAAUACCCAGCAGUAGGCACUGGGAUAGUGAAGCAUGAUGUAUUGGUUUAACAAGUUUGGCGGAAGUGGGGUAUUUUUGUAUACCUCUAUAACAUUGAUGAAAAAGAUUAGAAUAGACUUCAGUGAUGGAUAAGUGUAUAAUAUGUUUAAACCUCUACAAAGACUUUGUAAAUCUAAUCCUUGUAAAGCUAUGUGCGAAUCGCACUGUAUUAUGCAAGCUACAGCAGUUGGUUCCACUAUAGGUAGAUAUAGUGAGAAGCUACCUAGGCUUGGUGUAUAGGCCACUAUCCGACCUUUAGCUUAGCAUGUAG